AUGCAACUGUUCUACUUCACGUCGCUUCUGGUUGUUGGCGCAAACGCACAUGGCGUCCUGUUGCAGGUGAAUGGAGCUAAUGGCGUGACUGCUCCUGGUGCAUGUGUUCUGGAUGGUACUCCACGAAACUGCAUCGUCAACGCUUGUGGGGCUCAAGCCGACACUGCAAUCAUACGCGACGAAGAGAUGAGAACGCAUAAGUAUGGCGCACUUGGUUGGACGCAGGGUGGGGGUAACUGCAAUCCUGAUGCAGUCAUCAAUGAGUACAUGGGCUUAGGAAAGGCACCGCGAUAUACUGGUGGAGGCAAGUCCACAGGCAAGGCCGAUGAUGUUCCAUCUGAGGAAACGAAGCAGCGUCGCGAGCAUAAGAGCCACGCUGGCGGAUUGUUUCAGAGACAGAGCAUACUCAGCCUUCCUAUCAUUGGAUUUCUUGGUCUUGGUGGCAAGAGGACCAGUUAUCCGGUGGAGACUAUCGUUGGCGAUUAUGCAGGUAAAGGGAAAACGGACGGCCUUCCUACCACCAACGACAACGGUGAACUUGAUUUAGUAUAUCGACAGGUUAAUGAAGAUGGUCCCGGGCCAAUGGCCGUCACGGUUGACACGACAUCGGCAGGCACGGAUUACAAGGCAUUCACAUCCGUCAAGGUUAUCCAAAACGUUCCAGGUGAUGGCUUCGUCGGCCUAUCCCUUGGAACAAACACGAAUUACAACAUGAAAAUUAAGUUAAACCCGGAUAUGCUAUGCAAGGGCGAGGUUGCCGGGCUGAAUAACGUUUGUUUUGUUCGCAUUCGCAAUAAUGCACCUGCUGGUCCCUUCGGCGGCGCCGGUUUCUUCACACAAAGUGAUGGUUCGCGUAAGCGCGCUGUUGCGUACCGUUUGAAGAAGCGCAUAGACGCGGCAAUUGAACCUGAGCAUCAUUAG